AUGCUGCGCCCGAGCGACGCCAGCGCGCCCGAAGCCUUUCACAAAGCUGCGAUUCAUCGUCGCAGCGCCCAAACGCCCCCGCGCAUCCCGCACAGAGGCCGCCGAGCGUCAGCCCCGCCACUUGCUUGCAGGGGCCGUGGCGGGGGGUCGAGGGGCGCCGAGGGCAAGGCGAACCUCCCGGCACGCUCGGUCGAAGGCUGGGUCAUCCUCGUCACCGGCCUACACGAGGAGGCGCAGGAGGAGGACGUGCACGGGGAGUUCGCGGAGUUCGGGGCGCCGAAGGGCCUGCAUUUGAACCUGGACCGGCAGUCGGGGUUCGUAAAGGGCUACGCGCUGAUUGAGUAUGAGACGAAGCGGGAGGCGCAGGAGGCGAUCGACGAGAUGAACGGGAAGGAGAUCCUCGGGAAGGAGGUCGCGGUGAGCUGGGCGUUCUGCCAGGGGCCGAAGCAGCCGAAGCGGCAAAUCAUUUGA